UCGAGGCUUUGGUCGAAAACAGAAGCUGCACAUGCGACGUCGAAGAAUUGUUCAAUUAAAAGAUUAAUUGCAGACGGAUUUUGCAAACCAUCAUGUGACUUUUCACAUUUGAAGUAUCUUUACAGUAUUUAUAGUUUUCAAACAUGGGAAGUAGCAGCCGAUCUAGAUCCAGAUCAGGCUCGCGUUCUCGCUCAAGAAGUCCAAUGCGCCUGGAUCGUUUUGGUAGAGUGAUACCAAAAGACAGGGACAGGAGUCGAAGUCCACGUUACUCCUACCCCAGAGAUAGACGGCGGAGUCCUAUACCAGUGCGACGGUACAGAUCAAGGUCAAGGAGUCCUAGACGGAGAUACUAUAGGUCAAGCUCUCACCGGUCCUCCAGAAGUUACAGACGAUCUCGUAGUCGAAGCAGAGGGGAAAGUAGGAGUCGUAGCAGUCGUAGCAGGUCUCACUCCAGACAGAAGGAGAGAUCACCGGGAAUACAUGGCUCCACAAACAUUCAAGAUUUGGAACUCAUGAAAGCGAGAGUUUUUAUCGGAAAUUUACCGUUUGAUAAAGUUACCAAAGAAGAACUAGAAAAUAUGUUUGAAAAAUAUGGAAAGAUUCUAGGUAUCUCCACACACGAGAGAGGUUUUGGUUUCAUACAGUUUUCUAAGGAAGAAGAAGGAUUAGAAGCAGUUAAAAACGAGGACGGUGGCCUUUUAAAGGGUCAUAAACUAGACGUAAAAAUGGCCCUAGAAGGCAGAAGAGGAGGAGGAAAACCACCCCCAAGAGGCAACCCCAGGGGGGCAUCACCCGGGCCCUAUGCUGACAGAUUUGUUUCCCCACCAGGCAGUAGAGAUGGGCACCCUCCAGCGACCGAGGACAGGUACCCACCCCCAGCUGGAGGUAGACGCCCACCCCCAGGGGGCCCACCUGCCGAGGGACGGGAGCGGUCCCCCCUUCGUGGUGACCCGUAUGAGGACCGAUACAGAGAUCCUUACAGGGAACCAGGACCACCCCCACCACCCAGGAGAGACGAUCCAUACUAUGCGGAUCCUUACAGAAGGCCUCCCCCUGACGACCCAUACUUUGACAGAUACAGAGAAGAUCCGUACAGAUACAGAAGGGAUCCUUACGGAGACCCUUACAGAGAUCCUUAUUACAGGGAUUACUACGAUGCCCCACGGAAACCCCCACCCCCUCCUGAUGUGGAAGUCAUCCUACUCAAUGCCAAACUGAAGGGCUAUGGAGAAUUUGUUGAAAGGAAGCUUAGCACUAAGUCAAUUACAACAUUGGUGACUGUCAUACCGGAGGACCGGACCAUUCCUCAGAUGAUUGAGGAGGCCUCCAAAAGGGGGCACCUGUUUGCCAUUGUCAUCAAUAGUCAAAAUGAGGUCCACCAGUCUCUGACUUUGAAUAUUCUGCAUGGAACGCCACAAGAACACAGAAACAUGCCAAUAGAAGACGCAAUAACUCUGGUUGGACGCAGCUUUGAAACCUACAUGCAAACAGCUCGAGAAAAAGCCGCUCCUCCAGUGGCUGCACCUCCACCCGAGAGAGGUGCCGCCCCCACCCCCCCUGCUGCUAGAGCCCCACCCCCCUUUGUACCCCCAGGACCCGAUAUAUCUUAUCUGUUAAACUUGCUAGCUGACAAUCGUCAGUUAACAAUAGAAGAAAUAGACAAAGUUAUAGGGUACCUUAGGGAGAGAAGAGAUAAAUUAUUUGAUACUGAAGGAAGGAGACUGCCAGAACCUGGAUAUGGUGUUGGUGACUUGAGGAAAGAAGACAAUAAUCUUCAGCAGCAGCAACAAGAGCUUCAAGCCAAAAUCCUGAGUAUUCUGAAUGGUCCUAGUGAUUCUGGCAUCUCCCAGGCUCCCAAACCUUCCCCAGGGAUGGGCAAUGGGGCCCCCCUAGGAGGUGGCCAGCCAGGAAUGUCCUCAUUGAUCAACUUCGAUAACCCACACGUUCAGAAGGCACUAGACAACCUUAUUCAAAGUGGCCCAAAUUUGUUGAAGAACAUCUCCUCCACACCUGGAAUCAAGCCAGUGUCUGCUGGACUGAUGAGUCGAGAGGGUGAGCCAAUGAGAAGAGAGGGUCCCGGAGGUGGGUAUGGAAGUAUGCCAGGUAACGCCCCCAUGCAGCAGAUUCGAGGUCAAGGUGGACCAGGGGGUCAACAGCCAGCACAGAGGCCCAUGUACGGGAGUGGCCCUGGGGGAGCCCCCCUCAGACCAGGGGGUCCUGGACAGAUUCGGUACUGAAGUUCCGCCAGAGCUAUAAUUUCCAUUAUUCAUUUAUCAUGUUUUAAUAAAGUAUCAGUGGUAGCGGUAUAUUUAUGUACCCAUCCAUGAAGACAUUUUUAACCCAUUUAAAGUUUGUGCUAAAAACAUUUAUUAGAUGACCAUUUCAUCAUGUUCAUUAUGUGUGGAGAUUAAAAAAAAAGGGAUUGACAAUAAAUCAGAAAAAUGACAUAAAUUUUUUAUCAAUGUAAUCUUUAGUUGCACUUUCUUAUUCUGAAAUUGCUGCACGGAGAUUGGGUUCAGACUUUAAAGAAAUACGCUAAUUUACGACGAAUACCGAAUCAACAAAACGCUAGAUACAAAAAGUGAAAUAAAACAUUCUAUUAUAAUAGUACACUGUCAUUGUAAUGCAUUCAUUCAAACUAAUGAUUUUAAACCAUUUAAUAGCGGAUUAAAGACAUGAAAUAAGAUAAAGCGAUCCCGUAGAUCAACUCGUACAUAACAAUGACAUAAUUUUUGGAAUGUUGGUUUUCGUGAAUUUCGGGUUUAUGCGAGAGAGAAGUUAGAGUAAAUAAAUGUGCCUUUUAAAUUUAUAGUUGUUUUGUGAAGAAAGAUGCCGCUGUUUAUCGACCAAGAGACGUGAUUUCAAGUUCAGCAGUAUGUGUUUGUGUUCAGAAAAAUGUGGGGGUUUUUUAAAGAGCGUCGCUAAAUUAGAUACAGAGCAAAUCUGACUGGCACGUACUUCGAUAAGAGCGAUACUAAAAAACAUCAAAACAGGUAUUUUGUUUACACAUUGAAAUCAACAAUUAUUACAAAGCUAACGAAAUGGUUUACGCGGAGACUAUCAUUCAAUCCAUAACACAAUUCCCACUUCAGAUAAAUAACGCGAUGUUUUUGUACAAAGACUUGAGAAGAAUGUGCCAUAUUUUCGUUUUAUAAAACACUACAUCACAAACUGGUGGUGACUGCUCGUAUGGCAGCUUAUUACUCAACGAAACAAAUAGUAAGAUGUCCGACAAGAUACACCACCUGACUGAUUUUGAUCCCUCUUAAAACAAGCAUCCUGAGAGUAUUGCAUAACCAAACUUGUCCCCUACAAUUGCCGUUUUAUAGGCUAGAUUGGUUUGGAAAAAGAUUCCAUUAGUUCUGAAAAUUAGUCGAUUAAGUUUUAAUUUUUCCAUCAUCAUUGCGUCCAUUGUUUAUUUGGGUCCAUUCGGUAAAUAGAAGCACAGGCGUAGUGCUGUUGACCCGAUCAUCAAUGCGAGAGACUUUAAAACCAGUGGAUAAAAAGUAACGCACGUAGAACUCGAUAAGUGUCAAUUGCUGUGUAGGAUGGAUUUGAUCAGUAUGAUCUGCUCGAAAACUUUUGUCCACCUUCGUUUACUGGAACACAGCCUAACCCGAUCGGAAAUAAUAGUUUAUUCCGUAAAUACAUGUACCCAUGGGUUAAAAGUAAAAGUAUUCAUACUUUAUCUGCAUGGCAUAAUCUGAAAAAUGAAGAGAGGUCAGACUAAAUGACAAAGUGCGACCGCCAGCAUAAAUAAUUGACUCGAACAUAAUAAUAGCAAGAAAGUACGGGAUGUCACAAAGGGUCACAUUAACAUUACAUUUUGUGUAAGUCUUAUGUAAGUAAUAGCAAAUUCUGAUGUAUAAUGAAUUUUAUUAAAUUUUAAAUAAUAUUUUUCAAGCAUAGAAAGUUUGACAUCAUUCAUAGUAUUAUUGCACCAGACCUUGUCGGUGAAUAAAGAAAUCGCUCAUUCUAAACUUUAAAAAGUCGUCUUUUUUAUCAAGAAAUUUAUUUGAUCAUUGUGUGAAUUAAAGUUUUAUAAAAAAAAAAAUAAAAAAAAUUUAAAUGAAGAAUUAAAAAAAGAUUCCUAUAGAUAAAUAGAUCAAAUAAAUAACGAUUGUAAAAAUAUGAAUAAGGAUUGGGAGCACCUUUAAACAGUGAAACUCGGGGUUUCCUGAAAUUUUGCGUAUUGAAAUAUGUAAAAAGAAAUCGUUGAAACUAUAAAUGAAGGUUUAAAAAUAUUUCGGGGAUCUUUUAAAUUAGACGUCAAAAUUUAAGAUAAAAUGAAAUCAAAAUCUGUGGACACCGAAUGAUGUAUAACGCCAAAAAGAAAUAAAAGAAUCUGUUGAAACCUCAUCUAAGCUGUGUAUCGUGUGCAAAGGACUGACGUGUUCAAGUCGGACCACCUUGAGCAGCCUUAUUCUGAUGUAGCAGUGUGCUGUAGUCCAUUGAGAUACGUUCACUCUGUGCAGAUAACAUUGGAUGGAGACUAGUCGAGCUAGAGCUGACCGAGCUAGUACUUGUAUGUGUCAACCAAUGGCCCUAUACUGCACUGGAUAUGACACACAUGCAGUGUUUAAUGGCGAUUUGAUGCCAACACCAGGAUACUGCAAUCUGUGGGAUUUGAAAAAGAUCAAGACGGUAACUUCAAAGGACACAAUCCCAGAAAAUUGUAAGCUGCAGUGAUACGCCAUAAACGGUGCUGGAUGACAUUCGCCAUUAUUGAUUCUGUGCCGUAAAUUCAAAUGCGAUUGUUGCUGAACUCCAGUUACAAAUCAACGCACUGCGAGUACUGAUAGAGGAUUGUAUUAAACCAUAGCGUGAAAAAUUCAAAUUGUAAUAGUUAAAUUAUUUCUCAUUUUGGUAACAAAAAUGUUUCUUUGCUUACAUUAUUAGAUUGAGGAUAAGCCUUUAAUUCAUACUAUUUGAAAUCUUAAAUUUGUUCACUGUGUAAUAAAAUAGAGAAAAAAAGUUA